AAUUUUAAUCAACAGAUUUCAAAUUUCAUGUUAAAAUGUCGAUCCGUUCAGGACUUAUGACGUUUUGAAUCUCUGUGGGAGUUUUUACCUACAGCUUAAAAAGUGCAAAACGACAUAAGUCCUGAACGGAUCGACAUUUUAACAUGAAAUUUGAAAUCUGUUGAUUAAAAUUUUUGAAGCUUGCUGUGGCAUUCUCAAAAAUGAGACGCUAUUAACAGUAUUGAAUAUUUCCUGGGUGGGCUCAGAAAAAUGCUAAUUGUUUUUGCAAAUUUCGAUCACAAAAAUGAGUUGAUAGGAACUCAUCAUUUGAGGUCAAUGUUAUCCACCAUAAGUUUUAACUGGGACCCAUGCUCAGAAGCUGAGAUCCAGCAUCCGAAAAAAUCCUGGUUCUGCCACUAGGUCGACUCGAUCUACCUUACGGAAUGGAUAUUGAUGAUGAUGGAUCGGUUUAUAUUUGUGAUCAAGACAAUCAUCGUGUUGUUAAAUGGAUUUCAGAUGCAAACUAUGGUGCAACUGUUGCAGGUGGGAACGGUCCUGGAGAUAGAAUAGAUCAGUUAUUUUUUCCAACAGAUGUGGUGAUUGAUAAAGAGACUAAUUCACUCAUCAUUUGCGAUUCAGAUAAUAGUCGAAUUAUGAAAUGGUUUCUUCAAAAUUCGAAAACCCCAGAAAUAAUCGUAUCGGAAAUUUUCUGCGACGGGUUGGCUUUAGAUAAUAAUGGAGAUCUUUAUUUCACUGAUCCGAUGAAUAAUACAGUAAUACAAUGGAAACAAGGAGCAAAAGAUGGAAUAGUUGUAGCUGGUGGAAAUGGAGAAGGAAAUGAUUUCAAUCAACUUUUUGCUCCUGGUACUCUCUGGGUCGAUAAAGAUUAUUCAGUUUAUGUAUCGGAUGCCAGAAAUCAUCGUGUGAUGAAAUGGUUAAAAGGCGCAAAAGAAGGAAUUGUCGUUGCUGGUGGGCAUGGCAGAGGUAAUAAUCUCAAUCAAUUAGAUCUUCCCCGAGGAUUGAUUGUCGAUCAUUUGAGUAAUGUUUAUGUGGGUGACACUGGCACUUAUCGAGUGAUGCGUUGGCCAAAUGGAUCUCGAGAAGGUAGUAUUAUUGUUGGUCCACAUAGCUGUGUAGAAAACUCAAAUAGGUUUUGCACUAUCAACGAUAUAUGUUUCGAUCGACAAGGAAAUCUAUAUAUCGCGGAUCGUUUCAAUGGUAUAGUGCAAAAGUUUUAUAUUGAUGACUGA